AGCGGCUAACAAAGUUCUCAACUUUCACUUUCGAUUUUGGGCAUUUUUCUGGUCUCAGUGUUUGCUGUUGUCAACAUGUCAAGAUGUUCUAUCUGUCAUUCAAACACUGAUAGGAUUACAUUUUAUUUCGACACCAAAUGCACGGGUGUGAACACGUUCUCUCCGGAAGGACGGUUGUUUCAAGUGGAAUAUGCCAUUGAAGCCAUCAAGUUGGGCUCUACGGCCAUUGGCAUCCAGACUGCUGAGGGAGUCUGUCUGGCGGUGGAGAAGAGGAUCACCUCUCCACUGAUGGAGCCCAACAGCAUUGAGAAAAUAGUGGAAAUUGACACUCAUAUUGGGUGUGCGAUGAGUGGCUUGAUAGCUGAUGCGAAGACUCUUAUCGACAAGGCGAGAGUGGAGACGCAGAACCAUUGGUUCACCUACAACGAGACGAUGACAGUGGAGAGUGUGACUCAAGCCGUGUCCAACCUGGCGCUGCAGUUCGGAGAGGAGGAUGCUGAUCCUGGUGCAAUGAGUCGACCGUUUGGUGUUGCGUUGCUGUUUGGUGGAGUGGAUGAAAAAGGACCUCAGCUAUACCACAUGGAUCCCUCUGGAACCUUUGUCCAGUGUGAUGCUCGGGCAAUAGGCUCCGCCUCAGAGGGAGCGCAGAGCUCUCUGCAGGAAGUCUACCACAAGUCCAUGACAUUAAAAGAUGCCAUCAAGUCCUCGCUCACCAUUCUGAAGCAGGUGAUGGAGGAGAAGCUCAACGCCACCAACAUAGAGCUGGCCACUGUGGAGCCAGGAAAGACCUUCCACAUGUAUUCCAAAGAAGAGCUGGAGGAUGUGAUCAAGGACAUCUAGAGGAGUCUCCAGGACAUGACAACGUCCAUCUGCACAUGUCCGGAUGGAAGUUCUCAUCGAAGGGGAGGGGCGGGGUAUUUUUUUGUAACAAGUCAAUAGUACAAUUAAACUGUUGUAUUCAAUA